CAUUCUGGGCUCCUGAGCACCCUGGGGAGACAGCCAGGCUGAAAGUGGCUAGAAGUUGGGGAUUAUACUCACAGGGACUUUUCUCCGUGGUUGCUGCCUCAGAGAAGUAUGGUCUCCUUGAAUCAACAACUCUGGCCUCUCAAAAAAAAAUCAGAGACAAGUGCUGGUCAUGUGGUGCAUCAGCUGUUGGGCCCUCUCCAUAUGCUGCUCAACAUAUGCGCUCAUAGCCCUGCCUCCCUUCGGGGCAUUUAAACCCCAGCUGCCAUUGGAACCCCCGCUGAAGAGAGCAGGCCUUCUCCCUUUCGUUUUCCCUGCCCAGGGGACCCAGGAGGUCUGCACCCGCCUCUCCUCCCCAGCCACUGCCUUCCUCCCCAGCCCAUGGGGACGCUCAUGGCCAAACUGCUCCUGCCCACCCUCAGCAGCCUAGCCUUCCUCCCCACUGUCAGCAUCGCUGCCAAAAGGCGGUUCCACAUGGAGGCCAUGGUCUACCUGUUCACCAUGUUCUUUGUGGCGCUCUACCACGCCUGCGACGGGCCCGGCCUGGCGGUGCUCUGCUUCAUGAGGCACGACCUACUGGAGUACUUCAGCGUCUAUGGCACGGCACUGAGCAUGUGGGUCUCGCUGAUGGCGCUAGCCGAUUUCGACGAACCCAAGAGGUCGACUUUUGUGAUGUUCGGCGUCCUGACCAUCGCCGUGCGGAUCUACCAUGACCGCUGGGGCUACGGGGUGUACUCCGGCCCCAUCGGCACAGCCGUCCUCAUCAUCGCUGCAAAGUGGCUGCAGCAGAUGAAGGAGAAGAAGGGUCUGUACCCCGACAGGAGCGUCUACACCCAGCAGAUCGGCCCUGGGCUCUGCUUCGGCGCUCUGGCCCUCAUGCUGCACUUCUUCUUUGAGGAUUGGGAUUACACCUACGUCCACAGCUUCUACCACUGUGCCCUGGCCAUGUCCUUCAUCCUGCUGCUGCCCAAGGUCAACAAGAAGGCCGGAAGUGCGGGGCCCCCGGCCAAGCUGGACUGCUCCACACUCUGUUGUGCUUGUAUCUGACUCUGCAGACCCUGCCCCCUCCAAGCCCCGGGCCCCCCACACCCCAUGCCUGCCGAGAGCCCUCAGGUCCUACCCCACCUGGAGCACCCAGGAGAAACGUUCCUGCUCAGACCUCGAGAGGUCCCCAGGGACUUGGGGAGCACCUCCCUGAGUGCUCCCUGAGAACCCGCUUAUUAGACUUUUCCCGGAUGCUAAGCUGGAAAGAAGAGAACCUUCUCCCCUCUCCUGGGCCAUGGCCAUGACAGAUCUGUGUGUCCACAGAACCCGGGAGCCAGCGUCCGUCCUCACCCAAAAGUCCCAGCCCCUUCCCAGCCACAGAGGGGUCUGCCUAUAGCCUGGUCCCGUGUCCACCCUAGGCCAUCUGUGUUCUCCUGGAAACUGCUAUCCCCACUCCUGUCCCAGGCCCUCAGGCUCUGAGCGCACCCAUUUAGGGAGCCAGGCCAGCAGGGCCAGCUCUGUGCCUGGCCCAGGACUGCCUCCCUCUUGGCCGUCGCUUCCUGGAUUCAGCCGGUCCCUGAAUCAAGCUGUUUCAAUAACAAGAGCCAAUAAGAAACUCCUCCAUUUGUUGACCUUACUUUGUGCUCAAACACUUUACACUUGUCAUGUCAUCUAAUUCUUAAAACAAAGCGCAGUCAUUCGCAUUCUGCAGACCGAACUGAGGCUCAGGGUAGAUCACUUGUUCAAGGCCCAGAGCUGGUGGAUGCACAGCUAGGCUACAGCCACUGUCUACCAGUCCCAGGGCCACGCUGGGCCUCCUCGCUCUGGAGCUGACGGUGCACAAGGCGUGAGUGCCCACGUCGGUGCUUUGAGCCCUCUGCCUGGCUCCAGCCCUGCCCGCAGCUCCUCAGCCCCAGAAGGUGGGUCUGGAGCAGGGCCUCGAGCAGAGGCCAUGGACCUGGGAAGGUGGGUCUGGAGCGAGGCCUAAAGCAGAGGCCAUGGACCUGGGAAGCUGGGGCUGGUGCAGGGCCUGGGGCAGAGGCCGCAGGCCCA